AUGAAAAACCGGGACGAUUUGAUCUCUAUUCUUCCUUAUUUGCCGCUUUCUUUGAGUUCGUCGUCGGGGCUCUUCUGGCCGCCUCAAAUUGUAGAAAUUCUCAAAACUCUAUCGCUAGGCCCCGGUCAAAGUGGAGUAACCUCGGGCUAUAUCCUUUUCCAAGCCAUUUCUUCCCUCAGGCGAUCCAUUUCUCACAUUUUCACUUACGACAAACUUGCUACAUCCUCCUCUGAUGGUUAUGCUCUGUUCUUCGAUAAUUUAAUAUCUCGAGAGGAGUCAAGGAAAUGGUUGGGACAUGUUAUUCCUUCAAUGUCAAAUUUGCUAUUGCGUCUUCCAUCUCUAUUAGAAGCUCACUAUCAUUAUUCAGAUAUCCUUUCAGCAAUUACUAGAGAUCAAGCCAUAACAGGUUUACGUUUGAUAGAAUCACAGAUGUCAGGGAUAGUCUUUCUCGGCCAGGAAUUAAUUGGCGCUUUUCUUGUAUGCUCUUUUUUCUGUCUAUUUCCAAUUGCUGAUAGAGAUGAAAAAAAUCUUCCAACCAUCAACUUUGAUCAAAUGUUUGCGAGUGUUUGUGGUAGUAAUAAAGAGAAUAUGGAGCACAAAGUGAGAUGUAUAAUGAACUAUUUUGAAAGGCUAUACAAUUCUAUGCCGACAGGAACUGUAUCCUUUGAACGUAAAGUUUUAUCUCUAGAAUCAAGUCCUCGUAAUGUUUGUUAUCCCAAAGUUGAUGAUUGGAGCAAUUCAUUGUUACCCCUUUGCCAAUUUGAGGCUUAUAAUUUAGGUUUAAUAGAAGAUCAAGCACGUGGAGCCAUGGAAGUAGAUUUUUCUGGUCAAUACUUUGGAGGUGCAGCUCUACAUACUGGUUCUCUACAGGAAGAGAUUCGUUUCAUGAUCAACCCAGAACUGAUUGUUGGCAUGCUUUUCUUUACUGCCAUGAAUCACAAUGAAGCUAUAGAAGUUGUUGGUGCUGAAAGAUUUUCAGAUUAUACUGGGUUUGGCUUCACUUUCCGCUUUUAUGGUGACUAUAUAGAUAGAAGGGGUAUGGAUUUGAUGGGAAGACGUAAAACAAGAAUAAUUGCAAUAGAUGCUUUGUGUAUGCCAAGAAUGAAACAAUAUUGCCUAGGUUACCUUCUUAGGGAGGUGAAUAAAGCGUUAUGUGGGUUUCAAGAAGGAUUCAAAUUUCAGCAACAACAUCAACAGAACACGGCUGAUAUUCCUAGUACUUCCCGUGUUCAAAGGGAUAAGGGUAAAGCUAAAGCUUCUUGUCUAGAGAAUGUUGAAUCAAUCUCCGAGGGAAUUGCAACUGGAAAUUGGGGAUGUGGUGCAUUUGAAGGAGAUCCUGAACUUAAGGUUGUAAUUCAAUGGCUUGCUGCAUCUCAGGCUAAGAGACCUUUUAUCUUAUAUUACACAUUUGGAUUGGAUAAACUAAAGAAUAUUGAGAAGAUUUGUGAGCGGAUUAUUGCUAAUGGAUGGACAGUUGGGAAGUUGUGGGAAGUAGUAGUAGAGUACUCAUCCAAAAGAUUAGAUGGAAGGAUCUUAGAUGGUUUCUUCACUUGGUUCUUUACGCCUCCUCCCACAUUCUGAGAUUUUGAUUCGUAAUGAAAGCACAACCGAUAAAGAUGUUUGAAGAAGAUAGUGUGAAAGUUGUUGGACUUCUUUCAUACAAGGAAGACAAAAACGGUUAUGCUGCGAGUUAUAAAUUAUUUUUUUUCUCAUUCUCAAUACUCAAAAUGAUACAUUUUUUUCAUAAUCCCUAUAGGGAUUGAGGUA